AUGUCUCACGUGAAUAACUUGACUCAAAUUGGAUCGGCUACCAGUAGCAACGGAUCAACCAAUGUUUUGGAGGACAAAAUCCUAAGCGAAGCAAACCAACAUUUUAUGAGAAUUCUGAACCUAUUGCCAGAAAAAUAUGGCAAUAACAUCAGAACAAAAGAGAGAAAAGAAGUCCGUGAAAGAGUUAUGCGAUUGUUCUCAUGCUUGGAGCAAUUCCAUGGUAUUCUACAGGAAGCCCGCACAACCUCACAGAAGAGUCCUACAACCAAUGUUUCAACUAACCUACCUGUCUCCUAUGCAGAUGUGACAAAAAUGAAUACUAGGCCCACGUCUACAACUAGGACCAUUAAUAGAUCUUUAAAGAGUAAAUUGGACAAUGAGGGCAGCGGGGGAAGUGUUGCCCUCAUAUUGUAUCCAAAGACAGAUGUAGAGGGAGAAACUAUUAACAUGCAACAGAUAGAAAAUAGCAUAAUAAAGAAAAUCAAACCACAUGACCUGAAAAUUCAAGUGAAGGCAAUAAAGAGAGUGAAAGGAGAUGGCAUCUGCUUCAGAACCAACUCGCAUAAGGAUGCCGAAACUCUCUCCAACGCAAUUGAAAAACUUCCUGAAGUAUCAGGUAAAAUCAAGGGAAAAAUUUCUGAGGGAAGACGCCCUAGAAUAAUAUUGAAUAAUGUACCCAUCUCCGUGGACGAACCAGACCUCAUCCCAAUGGUAUUUGAUCAAAACAAGGCCCUCCAGGUUGUUCCUAGAGAAGAGUUCAUACAAAACACACGGAUCAGCACGGUCCUCUAUAGAAACAGUGCAAAAGAGAACUGUAGACACAUCAUUCUGUCUACAGCUCCUAGGAUCAGGGACGCCUUCGUUAGAUCCAAACAUAUAGCGGUGGAAUGGACAAACAUAUUCGUAAAUGAUUACAUCCCACUGGUGAGAUGUUACCAGUGCUGUGGGUACAACCACAUCUCAACCAGCUGUCCAGACAAACAAAAAUGCAGCCACUGUGCAAAAGGGCACAGAUUUGCAGAUUGCCAAAGACUGAAUCAAAACCCUACCUGCACCAAUUGCAAGGCUGCCAACAAAGGCCUCCUCGCUCACGAAAAAUUGCCGACGGAUCAUAAUGCCUUCCAUCCCCAAUGUCCAAUCACUCAAAAAAUGAAGUCACAGACCAUACGCCAAACUAACUAUGGGCUCUAG